GGGAUUUCAAGAACUUACCUAUGAUCCAAUGACUUCCAAAACAAUUUGGCACACAAACAAGUCUAAUUUAUUUAUACUAAGUUGCAUGUCAUGAAAGUAUUAUAUUGUGAUCAUCUGAAUCCUAAAGCUGGAAAAUUGGCGUGGCCGUCUUCGCGUGCCCGAGAGGGAGGUUUAGAUGUAAGCCUUUGGGUUUCGGAUGGCAGCAAGAGAACUCUCCUAAUAAGUGGCCGACGAUUCUCCGUUCCACACUCCUUAAACCGCAGCAAUUGCAUCAUCCGCUUGUGGAAAGCAAGUAUAGCUGAAAAAGUAAGAUGAAAGACGUCGAAGGGCAAGGCUCUAAGCUUAAGCCAGUGGCCAGCUGCAACAUACGUACGUACGUAGAGUAGAAUUUUCAUAUUUCUAUCAGCACACUCAAAUGCAGACAGAGGUGCGGUCCUAAACUCGACCACAACAAACCCAAUAUACACCACAAUAUAGGCCAGUUCAGAAUCGAAUUAAUUGGGUGGAGAGAUUUCUAUGCAUUUUCAGCUUGUAGUGGACAGUAUGGAUGAUCGCUUGUUAGCCUCCUCUUUCUUGGUGGUAACUCUGCUUAUUGGCUCUUCAUUUUCUGUUGCUUAUGAUGGACCUGUCUAUGACUAUUCUGCCUACACUGCAUGCAAAUCAGCACCAGAAGAUCCCCUAUACAAUGGUGGGAUUAUAAAGGAUCGAGUUCAUGGUAGAAGGCAUCACAAGCUCAGCUUGUCUGGAAGUCGAGAUAAUUCCCCUGCAGCGUUCGUCUUCUACAAUCUCCCCGGCAAAACCUUCUAUUCCUUCUCCAGUUGGCUAAAGGUAGAAGAUGUAGAUUCAUCCUCCAUACAGGCAAGCGUGACAACAGACAAAACGACGUAUCAAUGCGCGGGGACUGUAAUCGCAAGGCAAGACUGCUGGUCAUUUCUCAAAGGUGGCUUUGUACUCGACUCAACUUCGAAUUCUACUUUUCUGUUUCUUCAGGAUGCAGAUGGGGGAGAUGUCAAUAUAAGCAUCGCGAGCGCUUCUCUGCAGCCUUUCACUCAGGAGCAAUGGAGGAUAAACCAAGAAUAUAGUAUCAAUACUAAAAGAAAACGUGCCGCCAUGAUACACGUAGCAGAUGUCCAUGGACGGAGGUUGGAAGGAGCACUAGUUGAGGUGGAGCAAAUUUCAAGAGAGUUUCCUUUCGGAUCUGCAAUUGCCAGCACUAUCCUUGGAAAUUUGCCAUACCAGAACUGGUUUGUGGAGCGGUUCAAUGCUGCGGUAUUCGAAAACGAACUCAAGUGGUACGCAACAGAGCCUCAGCAAGGAAUUGUCAACUACACAGUGCCAGAUCAGAUGUUGGAAUUUGCUCGUGCCAACCAAAUCAUGGUCAGAGGUCAUAACAUAUUCUGGGAGAACCCCAAGUAUUCACCUUCGUGGGUUCUCAAUCUCACCGGACCAGAACUGAAGGUGGCUGUCAACUCACGCAUACAAAGUUUAAUGUCUCAAUACAAGAGUGAGUUCAUACACUGGGAUGUGAGCAAUGAAAUGCUUCAUUUCGACUUCUACGAGCAAAAACUCGGUCCGGAUGCCAGUCUGCAAUUUUUUGAAACAUCCCAUCAAGCAGACCCUUUAGCCACCUUGUUUAUGAAUGACUAUAAUGUGGUGGAGACUUGUUUUGACAUGAACUCCACCGUGGAUGCCUACAUAUCGAGGUUGAGAGAACUCGAGAGAGCCGGAGUUUCAAUGGACGGAAUUGGCCUAGAAAGUCACUUCACCAUUCCAAACCCUCCACUAAUGAGGGCAAUACUGGAUAAAUUGGCAACACUAAACCUUCCAAUUUGGCUUACAGAGGUAGACAUCAGCAAUACACUCGAUGAACAAACUCAGGCUAGGUAUCUUGAAGCGGUUCUGAGAGAGGGCUUCUCACAUCCUUCUGUAAAUGGCAUUAUGCUUUGGACAGCAUUACAUCCUAAUGGGUGUUAUCAAAUGUGCUUAACGGACAACAAUUUUCGCAACCUCCCAGCCGGGGAUGUUGUUGACAAUCUCCUCAAAGAAUGGCAAACUGGGGCGGUCGAGGGUCAAACAGAUGAUCAUGGUUCAUUUAGUUUCUACGGAUUCUUUGGUGAAUACAAGGUAACUGUUUGCUACGGCAACAGAACAGUCACCUCAACAUUCUCCCUUUGUCAAGGUGAUGAAACGAGACAUCUAAACAUUCAGCUGUAAAUCUUAGUAACAUCAACCAAUUACUAGAAUGGACUUCAUAACUUCCUGUAACUAAAUUACAAAAAAAAUCCGGCUAUGAGGCCUGAUGUAGCUAGGUAUGCUUUUUUCUCCAUUAGAAAAAUGGACUUUACCUGCUAAAAUUAAAAAUUCCAACUCGCAGCACCCCAGCCGUCAACCUCGGGCAGGAAUUGAUUAGAACGUUUUCCUGGUAU